AUGCAUCCUAAAGUGGUAAAAUCGGCUAUUAAAGGUGUUUUAGACAUUGCACAUCGGCAAACUAAAUUCACAAACAAUUUACCUGGUGAGAAAUGGUUUCAAUUUUUCUUAGGUAGACAUCCUAAAAUAGGCCUUAAAAAUUCAGAAGUCUUGACUAAAAGUAGAGCCAGUGUGACUGAACAAAAUAUUCGAGAUUGGUUCACUGAUUUCAAGGCUUACAUUGCAGCAGAAGGUGCUUCAGAAAUACUUUUAGGUCCCUCUAGGAUAUACAAUUUGGAAGAAACAGGUGUUCAACUGUGCCCAAAAAAUGGGAAAUUGUUGGGACUCAAAAGUGAAAAAAAUAUGUACUGCAUCUCACCAGGUCAAGAUAAGCAAAAUAUUACAGUUUUAUGUUGUUAUGGUGCUGACUGCACAGGAAUAGCACCUAUGAUUGUAUACCCUUACUCAAGAUUUCCUCCUAAAGACAUAGCAGCCUCGGUUUCGGAUGAAUUUGUCAUCGGUCACAGCCCAAGUGGCUGGAUGACAAUGGACUUGUGCUAUAAAUAUAUAGUAAAUGGCUUUCACAAAGAGUUAGUCGAUCAAGGUAUACAAUUUCCAGUGUUAUUACUUUUUGAUGGACAUAGCUCCCAUAUGAGUCUAGCUCUACAUGAUUUCUGUGUGAAAAAAAAGAUAAUAUUAUACUGCCUCUACCCAAAUACAACUCACAUAAUGCAACCCUGUGAUGUUGGCAUUUUUAGACCUCUUAAAAAAUGUUGGAAAGAACAAGUCAGCCUACACGCUCAAUCUUCAAACAAACCCAUAUCAAAAGUUAAUUUUGAUCCAAUUUUUAAAUUAGCUUAUGAAAAAAGUUGUGAUCCUAAAGUUAUAAAGAAAGCUUUUGAGUGCUGUGGCCUCUUUCCAUGUAAUCCAGAUAUAAUUGACUAUUCUAAAUGUAUGUCUAAUCGUCACAAGAUUAUUAGAGAUAAAAUCAACAGUGAGAAAACUCAAGAAAUUGUUGAUCAAUGA